AUGAUGGUACCACUCGGGCUCGUCGUCAUCGUCGUCGGGCUGGCGCAGAGCCAGCCGCCGGCGCCGCCCAUGGCGCCGCCGCCGCAGCCCGCGCGGACGCCGCGGCACAACCGGCGCUUCCGCAAGCCGCCGAGCUUCGCGGGCCACUACCUCGAGUGGAAGGCCGAGCGGCGCAUCGGCCUCGCGGGCCUGAACACGACCUGGGUGCCGCCGGUGCAGGAGCUCAUGACCCAGCCCCUCGUGCGCGAGCGGAAGCGCUUCGCCAAGGACCUGAACACGUUCCAGCGCGUCCGCGGCGCCGUCCAGUGCGCGGACUGCGGCGCAGCGCCGGCCGUCGUCGGCCGCGACCGGUGCGUCGGCCUCGGGUCGCUGCUCGUCGGCGUCGCCCAGGCGUCGGCGGAGGGUCUGGAGCAGGGCAAGCGCAGCGUCUACGCGCCGGACGUGUCCGAGUUCCGGCGCCGCGGCGAGCCCCCGUGCGCGUGGUUUACCAAAGACGGCUCCAGGAAGUGCGACCGGCUCUUCGGCUGCUACCUGCCGCGCCUCCGGGCGACCUGCGAGAAGGCCGCCUGCGACGCGCUGCAGCGCGACGACCCGGCCAUCAUCCGCAACGUCUGGGGCCCGACCGCGCGCGUUCCCCCGGCGCCCGGCCUCGCGAAACGCCCGGACGCCGGACGACGCCGCAGGCACUUCGCGGCGACGCUCUUCGCGCUGCUCCACGGCGACGUCGGGCGCCAGCGGGCGCCGCGGGGCCCGCCGUCGCCCAAGGACUGCGUCCUCGUGCACGUGCGCCGCGGCGACGCGUGCCUCAACAAGCACCGGACCUGCCACGCGGACCGCGCCUACGUCGACGCGGCGCGGCGCCUCAAGGACGCCUACGGCUUCCGGGAGCUGCGCGUCGUCAGCGACUCGGCGGCGCUGCCCCUGGCCGCGUGGGCCGCGGACUUUGAGACGGUGACGGUGCUGUCGUCGUUCGACCGGAACAAGUACGACGUCGCCGCGGAGGCGUCGCUCACGUCCAAGGAGCUCCGCGCCCAGUUCCCCGAGCGGCGCAUGGCGGCGGGCGAGCUCGGCAACGCGACGGCGGAGGCGCUCGGCGACCUCGCGGGCGCCCGGAGCCUCGAGUGCCGCGCGUUCGUCGGCUCCUUCUCCGCGUCCAUGUCCAAGGCGCUCUUCGCCCAGCUCCUCAUCCGCCACCGCAUGGUGCCGCCCUUCGUGUCCGUCGGCGGCUGCGUGGACCAGGUGCGCUUCUUCGACGCGGACGCGGAGGAGGCGCCGCGGUGCUCGGCCGGCGGGGCCGACGAGCUCGAGCGGGCGACGAAAGCGAGGCACCGCGCGGCGCAGCUCGAGUUCGCGUCGCUCCAGCUGCGGCGGAGCCACAAGCAGCCGCCGCUCUGCGCGUCGAAGCUCCUCGGCCGGGCCGGCGUGCUCCUCGUCUCCGGCGCGGACGAGGGCGCGGCCGCGGCGACGGUCUUCUUCACCUACGUCGUCAACCACGCGCUCUACGCGGACCACCACCGCCUCCUGCCCUGGGUCAACCUCGGCUGGCUCGAGGUGCCCCGCGUCUACGACCCGAAAGUCCACCUCCAGGGCACGAACGGCAUCUGGUCGCACUACUUCGAGCCCCUGGAGAACGUCGCGCUCUACGAGGCACACCGGUCCGGGCGGCUGGCCUCGGCGCCCGACGACGUCGACGCGGGCCGCGCCGAGGCGCCGCGGAACUGCCGGGACGGCAACGUCGUGUCCAAGAGCCUCGAGUGGCGCCACACGAUCCACCGCAAGGCCCUCUGGGCCGCGCGCGCCUGGUACUACGGCCCCAAGAAGCGGCACGCGCUCCCGCUCGACCUCAGCCGCUACGAGGAGCGCUGGUGCGUGUUUCUCUUUUUUUCUCGAGGGGGAGCGGCGCGUUCCUAG